UCCCAGGCUGAUCAAUCCAUACUAUACAGAAAUGUGCCUGAUCCUUCCAUCCCAGCGCAGACAGGCAACACGAAUGGAUUGCCGAUGCAUGAGGAAGAGCACUGCUGACAGCCAGGACUACUGUAAUACCCUCAGCAGUGUGUAGUUGCUGCUGCGGUGUACGCCACCCGGGGAUCGCUGUGUGCAGGGCAGCUGCUGUUACUAGUCACCUACUGUAAGCAAUGGCGGAGGACCGGGAAGUGUUUCUCAGGGCCCGGAAUAGGACUUUCACCUCGUUUAAUGAAGAUGUGGAAUCAGAAUGGAAAGAGCCAUUUUAUUUUAUCCAAGGAGCAGACCCACAGUUCGGGCUCAUGAAAUCCUGGGCAAUUGGCGAAAGCGACUUUGGAGGAGAUGAAUGGGAGGAGGAAAUCAAAUUAACAGAAGAGGCAGUGGAUGCCAUUAAUAAACUAUGUCCCAAGCCAAAGUUCUUUGUGCUGUGUGGAGACCUUGUUCAUGCUAUGCCAGGAAUCGAAUGGAAAGAGGCUCAAGAACGUGAUCUAAAGAAUGUUCUUUUGAAGACCAACCAUGACAUCCCCCUGGUGUUUGUCAGUGGAAAUCAUGACAUAGGCAAUGUACCAACCCCUGAAACAAUACAGAGCUUCUGUAACAACUGGGGUGAUGACUACUUCUCCUUUUGGGUUGGUGGAGUCUUCUUUCUUGUACUAAAUGCACAGCUUUUCUUUGAUGCAAGCAAAUGCCCUGAGCAAAAAGAACGUCAAGACAAGUGGCUUGCUGAUCAGCUGUCCAUAGCCAAACAGCGGCAGUGCAAGCAAGCCAUCAUAUUUCAGCACAUUCCACUAUUCCUUCAGGAUCCAGAUGAAGAUAACAAUUAUUUCAAUCUGGAAAAGUCUACUAGACAAGAGCUAUUAGAAGCAUUUCAUAAUGCAGGAGUGAAAGCCGUAUUCUCAGGACAUUAUCACAGGAAUGCCGGUGGAAUGUAUAAAGAUCUGGAUAUGGUAGUUACAUCGGCUAUUGGCUGCCAACUUGGAAAAGACGAACACGGCGUCCGCUUGGUGGUGGUCACUGAAGAGAAGAUUGUGCAUAGAUAUUAUAGUUUAGACAAACUGAAAACUGAAGGGCUGGAUCAGGAUCUCGUGGACCUUCUUAGGAAGAAGUAAAGUAGUGUGGAUAAAGUACUGCUUUUAUCAACUUU